AACAAAGAGAACAGAGUGAAUAUUGCAGAAAUGUUAGAUAAUGAUAAGCAAGAAAUAUUGCAGAAGAAUGACAGAUGCAUGCUUUAGUUGAAAGAGAGUUGUAUUAAUCUGAAGUCAAUAAAGGAAGAUGUACCACAAGUACUUGAGUCAAAGAAUUGACAAUGUGAAGGGCAUGUUUCACUGUAUCUGCACAGAGUCUUUGUGCGUUUGAAGUUGGAACUCGAUGGCAUCGGUUCUCAACAACUCAUACCUACCGAGAACACAUCUAGUGAACAUAUGUACUACAAUAACUGAGUCCUUGUUUGCCAAGAAACAGUGUCAUGAUGAACCAGAGGAGUGCUCAAAGCUGCAACGCAAUUAAGAUUGCUCUUACCAGAGUGGUUCCCCUGUUUUGGAGAAAUUAAGUGCUAAUUCUUACAAAUUUCCAUUUCUAAAUCCUAUAACUUGAGUUCUUGAAUAGAUUUCCCCAGUUGAGGUUGACUUGAUUUCUUGGUGUGGCUAAGGAUGCAUUCAUAUUUUUAUUUCCAAUUCUUAAAACUUGAGCUCUUGAAUAGAUUUUCCAGUUGGAGGUUGACUUGAGAUUUCUUGUUGUGGCUAAGGAUGCAUUCAUAUUUCUAUUUCCAAAUCCUAAAACUUGAGCUCUUGAAUAGAUUUCCCCAGUUGAGGUUGACUUGAUUUCUUGGUGUGGCUAAGGAUGCAUUCAUAUUUUUAUUUCCAAUUCUUACAACUUGAGCUCUUGAAUAGAUUUUCCAGUUUAGGUUGACUUGAGAUUUCUUGUUGUGGCUAAGGAUGCAUUCAUAUUUCUAUUUCCAAAUCCUAAAACUUGAGCUCUUGAAUAGAUUUCCCCAGUUGUGGUUGACUUGAUUUCUUGUUGUGUCUGAGGAUGCAUUCAAUAUGGUGUUGGAAUCUGGAACCAGCAGAAAACAUCUUAAUCAGAGAAACUUUGUUUGUUCAGAGGAUGGAUCAUGAGCAAUUGAGGAUGCAUUCAAUCUGAAGAACCAGCAAAAAUAUGUUAAUCGGAGCAACUUUGUUUGUUCAGAGGAUGGAUCAUGAGGAAUUGAGGAUGCUUUCAAUCUGAAGAACCAGCAAAAACAUGUUAAUCAGAGCAACUUUGUUUGUUGAAAGGAUGGAUCAUGAUGAUGACCUACCGAAAUGGAUCGAUGCAUUUUAUCCGUGAUUGCCGGUACGAGGCUUUCGGUGUUUGUUCAUGACACUAAAAAAUGUCAGAAGCAUAUCUUAGCAUGCCAACAAGAAUUACCCCAACCAUGUGGAAGGAGAGAAAAUAAAUCACAAGCUUAGCUCUCAUUUUGAUCCUCGGAAAAUGAAACCAAAUUCAGUGAGUUCGAUCGUAUAGAAAAGAAAUGUGGCUGUACAAAUGGCAAUGGAAAUCCGAGUUCAAAACAAAGAAAGUUAGUUGUCUUCUUUAGAAUAGCUAAAAUCAAAGAAGAAUUCACUGCUUAAUGAUGCAAACUUCACGUUGGAGAAUGAAAGAUAUGGCUCUCCAAACGUUGUAAUUCCCAAAUCAAAGAUGUUUUCAGCCAUUUCUGCUGAUUGAGAGGGAACUGUGGAUGGCAUCAGCCUCAGAGCAGCAAAACAGAAGGUGAUUUCUUUAUCGUUGUUGGACAAGUAAACGCACGUAGGAAUUCUAUAGUUUGCUUGUUGAGGGAGCUUAGCAGCACAGCGGGAUCAAAGAGGAAACCGAAGACUGCCCCCUCAUUUCAUAUCAGGAAAAGAAAAAUGAAAGUUGCUUGAAUAUUAUUAUAUAUAUACAUUAUGAGGUUGAUAUGUGGGUGACGAAAGUGGUGACACAAAAGAAGAUCUACACAAGCUUUUGGUGAUGGCUUUAAGGUGGAUCCCAGUGGGAGGGUGAGAUAUGCUGCUGAAUGAUUGAUUACAUCUCAAAUGGUUGAUAAAUGGUUGGCACAGCUAACAUGAAAAUGACUGAAUAGUUCACAUAUCUUUUCAAGGAGUGGUCAGUGGUGGGUGACACAUUGCUUGAUCCACAUGCUAAACUCCUCAUGACUAUACUGGUCUAACACACAAUAGAUUAGUUGUUUCAGAUGUUCAUGGUGAUUGAUGUGCACAAAACUCUUUCCAAUGGCAUUCUUGAGUUGCAGAAUUUUUUUCUUAAAGGAUUUAUAACUGGUAGAGAUGAAUGCAUUGGCCGGUAAUAAGUUAGUUCCCUCAAAUUAAAAUAAAAAAAAUUCCUCCACUCUUCAUAAUGUUUCAUCAUUCUGAUUUAUCUUGGCCUUUUGAGAGUUGAUGGUCAUCUAAUAUGAUAGAGAAAAUUAAAGAAUUGCUUCAUGGUUUUGAUGUUUAUGAGGUGGAAAUAAGAUAGUUGGCAGCACCAUUUCUUGGUGGAAGAAGACAGCUUGUAACAAGGAAGCAACAGCAAUGUGGAUGUUUCAUAUUUACCACUGAAAAAUGAGAUAAACACUUAGUUUUGCUUUUGUUAUUGUGGCAGUACACUGCAAAGAUGAUGACUGCAGAGCAAACUUAAAUCGGAUUUCUUAAGGCAGUAUUAUUGGUUUUACUUGGUAAUAUGAAGUAGUUAUCCUAGUAAAGAUCUGAUGGAGAGAAUAGCAUAAGAUCAAAUGAAGUGAUCCCAUUAUUUUGGUUCCAUUUUUCGGUGAUUGAAGGUGCUUAAAUUUUUUUGUCUCUGCAUCAAACUACUGAUUCAUUCUGAACAGAAGAAAAAAGGUUCAGAUGUAGAUCAAUCAGAAUUUGGACAUUCUGAUCCAACUGCUACAGAAUCUUAGACUGAAAAGGAAAUCAUUAACCAGAACUCUGCUAUUCUUGAUUCUUUCUCAGCCACUUACAGAGUUUGAGCUGAACAAUUAUGAUGGUGGGGUGGGGUGGGGUUUCUCAUGCUGAUACAAUAUAAAAUGCCUCUAACUACUGAUGCAUGCAGGCAUAAGAACACCAAGCCGUGAAGGCACUUGCAGCACUUCAUACGGCAACAAAAACAAGUGCAAGUUGAUCAGCCUGCAAAGAUAAUUCUCUGUGGGUAAAAACCUGACAAUGGAUCUCCCAGCUUGCUUAAACCACUAACUUGCUCUGGUUAAUUAGGUCAGUUUGCUCUCUAACCGAGAUUUAGAAUUCCUUGUAACACACAAUGAACAUCCACUUUCACUUGAAUCACCCAUUACAACACUUCAAAGAAUGUUGUUGUCGCCUUCCGAUCCGACUCAAAUGUUCUUAGUGAUUUAGAAACUCGAAGAAAAAGAUGUUCAGCAUCAUUACAGCAGCACUGUUAUCGACUAAUUACUUGUGUUAUUUUAAUUACUUCUGUUCUCCUUGCCAAAUCAGACAUUUCCUGAUCAUUUAAUUCAGUUCUUGAUCCCAAAUCAAAUGCAGAGUGAGUACCGUGUCAAACAGAGGGAAACGAGUGCAUGAAUCUUCCUCGGCAUUGCCUUGCAGAAUCCACUGCCUUCUUUGACUUCUAACCCUUGUCAAGUGGCAUGGCGAACCUAAUCCUCAGCUACUCUCCUGCAGAGGUGUCAUCACAAACAGUCCUCAGUAUUCCUUCAAUCUCCAAAUGAGAACCCUGAUUACGUGAUCAGAAGAUGCAUGCAUGGAGAUAUUAAAAGAACGUGAAUUCCACAGUAUAUAUCCUUCUCUUCAGAAAUAUACAUCGAUUGGUAAGCCAAGCCAGCGAUAUUUAAUGUCGAUGUUGUCGGCUGUUUGCUUUGCGUUUACUUCUCUGUAUCAUCGGGUUUGUCCUAUAUAUUCUCAGACAACCCAAGAGACUGCUUGGUAUUGUAGCAGCAAUGGCGAGGUCUCUUAGUCACGAGGAGACGGGCAGCGUGAAGAAGGGGCCAUGGACACCGGAGGAGGACAGGAAGCUCAUUGAUUACGUGCAGAAGCAUGGGCGGGGGCACUGGCAUCGCAUCCCCAAGCUGGCCGGCCUGAACCGCUGCGGCAAGAGCUGCAGGCUCCGGUGGACCAAUUACCUCCGACCUGAUAUCAAGAGAGGCAAGUUCACCGAGGAAGAGGAGCAGCUCAUCGUCCACCUCCACUCCAUUCUCGGAAACAAGUGGUCGUCGAUCGCGACCAAGUUACCUGGAAGGACGGACAACGAGGUCAAGAACUACUGGAACACGCACCUGAGGAAGAAGCUCAUGCGAAUGGGGAUCGAUCCGGUGACCCAUAGGCCGACAACGGAUCUCAGCCUGCUGACGAGCCUCUCGAGUUUGCUCUCCGCUGGUAAUUUUGGCUACACGACGAGCCACUUGGAAACCGCUCUCAAGCUACAGGCAGAAGCUGCACUCGUGGUGCAGAGCCUGAUUCAAGCCCUGACAAGCAGCUCCACUUCAAACAUGGACCUGAUGAACCUCUUCGGAUCACCUUCUCACACAAACUACAAAGCCGGUGAUGGCUGCCUCGGCGGCUCAUUCAACCUUCAGAAUUCAGCUUCGGUGAUCCCUUACUGGAACAAGGACUCACAACCUGUUCCGGACUCCAGCUUCUGUAUGGAUGAAGGAGGGGUUACAGCUUGGAGUGCUUCGAGAACAGAAGAGCGUCAGAGCGCCAGUUCAUCGCCAGCUUCAAAUUCUACUCCGCCCUUCGCUUCAGCCUCUUCCGAGGCAGAGAAUGUUGACCUACUCAAGCUAAGUGAUAGUACAUACGCGAAUUCGUUGUCCUUCACACCAUUUGAGGCUUGGGAAAACCUAAACUUGGAUAGCCUCAUCAGUGAUCUUGGCUGGAAAGAAAUACAAGACCAAAUGCCAUGGCCUAAUGCAUAAACUUCAACUUGUUAGAUAGGUUUUGAGGUAUCAUUUUUUGAUGUAAAGCCUUGCUAUACAUAAGCACAGUUUUCUCUUCCCACUCAAAAUGUAUAGAAGACUAGAGAUGCUAUACAUGAUCUUCUUUUAACAAUUCUCUGGUUUGGUGGAGCUGAAAGGAGAAAGUAGGAUUGUGCAGCUGAAAGCUUGGGACAUUUGAUGAACUCGAUAAUAGUUGGUUGUGUUGGAGAUUGCUAAUUUAUUGAGAAGAUAGAUUUGAAGGUUUGACCUUGAUUAAAGAGACAAGUCAUCCAGAGCACCAAAGAGACAAGCAUUAGAGUUACAGAGCUCCAAAAUAUUUGGAUUAAUGUUUUAGAUCACCAGAUAGUCUUAAACUGAAAUCUCAGAGAUAAAGGAACAAAAUGAGGUGCCUUUUCUUAUCCAAAAGUCUGGGAAUUGUUCAGUGACCAUAUGAUUCAUUAUAUUAUAUUCGAAUAUAAAAAAAAUCAAAUAUGCAGCCAUAUUAAAAAUUUAAAAUCUGAUCAUUUGAUAUAUCAAAGCAAAUCUGAGUUUUACCUCUUUCCAUGAAAGAAAAGUUGCUAUGGGGAAUCUUUAGAGCAUCACAACAAACAGAAAGAACGGUUGAAGUGUCUGGCAGAAGAAGUCAAAGAAGGGCCAAAAAAGGACUCAUCAUAUUGACCAUCUCACAGCUACAAACUUCCACAAAGCCAAUAGUAGGAAGCUUCGUCAAAUCUGAUGGUGUGGUAAUGUCUUCGGUAGAUUCUAAUGCUGACAUUGUUUCCGGCCACAAACUCCAUGGGAGAACAGAAGAUGCAAACAAGCUGGCUACAGAAGUGUCUUUAGUCACAAACUCUUCGUGGCCACAUGGAGCAGAGGAUUUGUUGCAGGGAGCAAAUGCAAUGACUCAAACUUGCUGUGAUCUAGUUAGUAUAUUAAAGCUUCUGAAAGAGAGAAUAGAAGACAAAUAUUAUCACAGUAUGCAGCUUUGUAAGUACUCUUAGCCACAGCACAGUAACAAGUUAUUUCACUUGUGCCUAACAUAUAACCACGAAGUUAUCACUAAAAAUUUGGUGUUUAUGCUGUACCUAAACAAUUCCAGUGGUAGCACAAUCAAGAUGUGUCAAAUGGU